GUGAGUUUUGCUCCUUGGUGUGCAGCUGCACCCCGCUCGGUAUGUAACUAUAGGUAAAUAUUUUGCAUACGCUGAAUAAAUAAACCCCAAAUUUUUCAAACGAUGGAGAUUCCCCGUAUCGUGACGGCAACACUGUCGGGGAAUCCCAAUAGCGGCUAUGUAUAACGUGUCCACGCAAUUAUCGCAUUAUAAUCUUAGGUUUCGUGUGUGUCGUUACGUUUGUAGUGAUUGUCGCCUACGCGCUUAUAAAAAUGAGUGAACCACCGAAAUUUCGAAAUGAAAAUAAGCUAACAGACGAAGAACUAUUGGCGAUAUUAGAAACGGAUAUUUACGACCAUUAUUUUAAUGAUUCGAUACUAGAAAAUGGUUCAAGUGAUAUCGAAGAGACUGAUAUAGUGACUGAAACUAAUGAGAUAUAUGAUGUUUUGCAAGUUAGUGAUAGUGAGAAUGAUUUGGCAGAUUCUUCAGGUGUAGUUGGCCAAUCAAUAACUUAUACAGAAAAUCCAAGUUAUACUUCUAAAGAUGGUAGUGUGUGGGCAAAAGUUCCACUUACUGCGAGGACAAAGAGAAGAAAAUGUAAUAUACAAACUGGUCCAACAGGCAAAGAAGGAAACAAACCAGAGAAAGGUCAAGGUCAAAGGGUAGUGUUAGACCUGGUAAACCAUUUAUCUACAGGAUAUGGGAUAACUACUGAUAACUUUUUACCAGUAUUGAGUUGGCCAAUAAGCUCUUAGAUAAAAACAUUACCUUGUGUGGAACACUGCGUAAAAAUAAACCUUAUAUUCCAAAAGAACUACUUCCAGCAAAAUACAAGAAUGAUUUUUCAAGCAUGUUUGCUUUUAUGGAAAAUAAAACAUUAGUUUCUUACGUACCAAAGAAAAAUGCGGCAGUUAUCCUUUUAUCAACAGAACAUAACGAUGACAGAAUAAGUGGAGAGGAAUGUGACUAUAAACCGGACAUCAUUUUAC